GUCCUUUCUCCGUACACAGAGCUGCGUGUGGUGAGCAGAAUGUUGCUGAUACAAGUGUUUAUCCUCGUACUGCUCUGCACAGGUAUCAAAAGUAGUUCAGAAUCCUCAGAUGAAAGCAGUGAUGAAACAGACAAUGCAGGUACAGCAUUUUCUUUUCCAUUUCUCCAGUUAGAAAGGAUGGCACAUAGGAAUAGGAAGAUCCCAAAACCUUUCUUGGAAGGAGAGAACAUGUGGAAGAACUGGGCGUUGGAGGUUCAGGAAAAACUGAAGAAGCUUGAAAAGGCACAGAAUGGUCCUCUGGCCCCCAAGGGGAGUAGCGGUGUCUGGAGAGGGUGUAGCGGCAGGAACAUCUGCAAAGGUGGGGGCAGCAGAACAGCGGGUAUAUCAGCCCAGUGGCUUCAUUGGUCAGAAAGCAAGCUCAACAAGUAAGGAGCAGAGAAAGAAGGUGGUGACAACGCAGCAGAGAAGGCAUGGAAUCCAAAGUAGUUCAGAAUCCUCAGAUGAAAGCAGCGAUGAAACAGACAAUGCAGCUAUCAAAAAUAUUUCAGAACCCUCAGAUGAAAGCAGUGAUAAAACAGAUGAUGAGGUUGAGGAAAGGGAAUUAGAUAGUAACGAGAGUAGAGGAAGUAACGAGAGAGGAGGAAGUAACAUGACAGGAGGAAGUAACGAGAGAGGAGGAAGUAACGAGACAGGAGGAAGUAACGAGACAGGAGGAAGUAACGAGACAGGAGGAAUUAAUGGGACAGGAGGAAGUAACAUGACAGGAGGAAGUAACGAGACAGGAGGAAUUAAUGGGACAGGAGGAAGUAACAUGACAGGAGGAAGUAACGAGAGAGGAGGAAGUAACGAGACAGGAGGAAGUAACGAGAGAGGAGGAAGUAACGAGAGAGGAGGAAGUAACGAGACAGGAGGAAGUAACGAGACAGGAGGAAGUAACAAGACAGGAGGAAGUAACGAGACAGGAGGAAGUAACGAGACAGGAGGAAUUAAUGGGACAGGAGGAAGUAACAAGACAGGAGGAAGUAACGAGACAGGAGGAAGUAACGAGACAGGAGGAAUUAAUGGGACAGGAGGAAGUAACAUGACAGGAGGAAGUAACGAGACAGGAGGAAGUAACGAGAGAGGAGGAAGUAACGAGAGAGGAGGAAGUAACGAGACAGGAGGAAGUAACAAGACAGGAGGAAGUAACGAGACAGGAGGAAGUAAGGAGACAGGAGGAAUUAAUGGGACAGGAGGAAGUAACAGGACAGGAGGAAGUAACAGGACAGGAGGAAUUAACAUGACAGGAGAAAUUAAUGGGACAGGAGGAAGUAGCGGGACAGGAGGAAGUAACAUGCCAGGAGGAAGUAACGAGACAGGAGGAAGCAAUGGGACAGGAGGAUCCAAUUCCACAGGUCACUUGAAUAUCAUCAUCCCUUGUGUUGUUAUUUUGUUGCUGCUAAUGAUUUCUGCUACAGUCUUUGUUUUAUGGAGAAAGAAGCACAGGAGACAAGAAAGUGCAGACGAUGCAGAAACUGGAAGACGUUAUGAGGCUCUGACCACUGUUUAUAAUGAAGCAAAGAUUCCAGAAAUUAAAGAACUGCCUGUGAUGACCACAAACACACAGAACCUCUAUGCGGAACUAAUUUUCCGGCCACAGCCCAGAACCACACUACUUGUGAAUAAUCAGUGGCUUAUGCACCGUUGGUUUUGA